AUGAACGUGGAAAACGACUUGAAGGAAGAACUGAAGCAGCAUCGGAGCAUGAAAGCCGCGUGGGCAGCAUUCGCAGCCGUCAGGGAAGCUACGGACCAAGUGAAGGACCAAGACCUUCGUGCCCAUUUGUUCGACUCGACAGUUCUUCCAGCGCUCUGUUACGCAGCGGAGACGUGGGCAGACACCGCUGCCACGUCUAGGAAGCUAAUUACUACCCACAGAGCUCCUGAGAGAUGUCUUCUAAAAUUUAACCGGCGCACACAACACCUAGCCGAUCUUCGCAGCUCCGACUUAUAG